UUCUAGGGUUUUUUCACAAAGCCGCCGCUUUCUCUGGUUCUAGGUUGCUUUGGUCCUUCUCGUCUUACCUCUUCUCCUCUCUCACAGAGGUUAAAGAGACAGGGUUAUCCACUCCCCGUCCGCCUUGACGUGGCUUUUUGCUCGUCUUGGCCCUCGAAAGGAGGUUUUUGUUGUAGAUUAUUCUCACUCGAUUCGUUUCGGAGUCGAACAAGCAAGGCAAAAUGGUGGUGAAGCUAUCGAAGUCCGAGAAGAAGGUGUUGUACGACAAGAAGCUCUGCGCGCUUCUCGAUGAGUAUAGCAAGGUGCUCAUUGCUGCUGCUGAUAAUGUUGGCUCCAACCAGCUGCAGAGCAUCCGCUCGGGCCUCCGUGGCGAUUCCGUUGUUCUUAUGGGGAAAAACACACUUAUCCGCCGCUGCAUCAAGAUUCAUGCUGAGAAAACUGGCAACAAUAGCUACCUCAACCUGCUUCCGCUCCUUGUUGGAAACGUUGGCCUGAUAUUUACAAAGGGAGAUCUCAAGGAAGUCAGUGAAGAGGUUGCCAAGUACAAGGUGGGAGCGCCUGCUCGUGUUGGACUUGUAGCACCAAUUGAUGUUAUUGUUCCUCCUGGAAAUACUGGACUGGACCCUUCCCAGACUUCUUUCUUUCAGGUACUCAAUAUUCCUACCAAAAUUAACAAGGGUACUGUGGAAAUCAUCACCCCAGUGGAGCUGAUUAAGAAGGGUGACAAAGUGGGCUCUUCUGAGGCUGCUCUCCUUGCAAAGCUGGGAAUUAGGCCCUUCUCAUAUGGUCUUGUUAUUCUUUCUGUUUAUGAAGAUGGAUCUGUAUUCAGCCCUGAGGUACUGGAUCUUACUGAGGAUGACCUUAUUGAGAAGUUUGCAGCUGGUAUCUCCAUGGUUGCUUCACUGUCUCUGGCCAUCUCCUACCCAACACUUGCAGCAGCUCCCCACAUGUUCAUCAACGCAUACAAGAAUGUUCUUGCUGUGGCAAUAGCAACUGAGUACACAUUCCCACAGGCUGAGAAAGUGAAGGAAUUUCUUAAGGAUCCUAGCAAAUUUGCUGUUGCUGCUGCUCCAGUGGCAGCUGUUGAGUCUGCUGCUGCAGCUGCACCAGCACCUGCUGAGGAGAAGAAAGAGGAACCUGCUGAGGAAUCUGAUGACGACAUGGGUUUUAGCUUGUUUGACUAAAGUCAGUUCUUGUGCGUAGCAUAAAAACGUUUUCAGUCGUCUUCUAUUGUCGUUUUUUGUUUUGCCACUCGAACUUGUUUGGUUCUCUGAAUUAUCUUCUGUUAGUCAUUUUGUCUUCAUUUAAUUUGGAUAGUGUUAUUAUGGGCUCUUAAACAAUGCUUUUUUUAUUGUUUUAGAAUAUUUCAACAGUAGUUUGUUGUUCA